AUGAGUGUAACAAAUAAUUUUAAACGAAAAACAUUUCCUAAUCAAAAUUCAUCAAUAACACAAUUGAACGCUAUACAAAUCAAUAUAGUUCUUCUUCGUGAAUAUAAACUUCGUUCAUAUACACUUAAUGCUGUUAGUUUUCAUUUUCUUCAACAACAAAAAGAAGAUGUACAACAUUCAAUAAUAACUGAUUUACAAAAUGGUAAUGCUCAAACACGUCAUCGUCUUGCAGUAUAUUGUCUUAAAGAUGCUUAUUUACCAUUACGUUUAUUAGAAAAAUUAAUGUCAUUAAUUAAUUAUAUGGAAAUGGCUCGUGUUACUGGUGUACCAAUGAAUUAUUUACUUCAACGUGGUCAACAAAUAAAAGUUAUUUCACAAAUUCUACGGAAAUGUAAAGAAAAAGAUUUAUUGAUACCAGCAUUAAAAAUUAGUGAAACAGGUGAUGAUUUUACUGGUGCUACAGUUAUUGAACCAAUACGUGGUUAUUAUGAUACACCAAUAACAACAUUAGAUUUUUCAUCACUGUAUCCAUCAAUUAUGCAAGCAUAUAAUUUAUGUUAUUCAACAUUAAUUAAUGAUGGAAGAAUAAAACAAACACUAUCUGAUGAUGAAUAUAUUACAACACCAAGUGGUAAUUGUUUCGUAACAGCUAAAGUUCGUCGUGGAUUAUUACCUGAAAUUCUUGAAAAUUUACUUAGUGCUCGUAAAAAAGCAAAACAGAUGAUGAAAGAAGAAACUGAUGAAUUUCGUAAAAAAGUUCUCGAUGGUCGUCAGAAUGCUUUAAAAAUAUCUGCUAAUUCCGUAUAUGGUUUUACAGGUGCACAAGUUGGUAAAUUACCAUGUCUUGAAAUAUCUCAAUCAGUAACAGCAUUUGGUCGUGAAAUGAUAGAAAAAACUAAAGCUUUAAUUGAAAGUGAAUUUACAAUAGCUAAAGGUUAUGAACAUGAUGCUAAAGUUAUAUAUGGUGAUACAGAUUCAGUUAUGAUUAAAUUUGGUAUUAAAACAUUAGAAGAAGCUAUGAAACUUGGUCGUUUAGCAGCAACAACUAUUUCAUCAAGUUUUCCACCACCAAUUAAACUUGAAUUUGAAAAAUGUUAUUAUCCAUAUUUAUUAAUUAAUAAAAAACGUUAUGCUGGUCUUUAUUUUACACGUCCAGAUAAACAUGAUAAAAUGGAUUGUAAAGGUAUUGAAACAGUACGACGUGAUAAUUGUGAACUUGUUGCUAGUUUAAUAAGUACAUGUUUAGAAAAAUUACUUAUUGAAAGAGAUCCAGAUGGUGCUGUUGAAUAUGUUAAAAAUGUUAUUUCAGAUUUAUUAUGUAAUCGAAUUGAUAUAUCACAAUUAGUUAUUAGUAAAGAAUUAACAAAAACUGAUGCAGAAUAUGCUAAUAAACAACCACAUGUUGAAUUAGCUAAUAAAAUGCGUAAACGUGAUCCUGGUAGUGCACCUAAUUUAGGUGAUCGAGUUCCUUAUGUUAUUAUACCAGGAACUAAAAAUCGACCAGCUUAUGAACGAGCAGAAGUAAGUUAUUUAUUUACUUGUCAGUUUUUCGAUAAUUGA